AUAGUCGUAUCGAGGCGGUAGUCGAGUAUCACCUCUCUUCUUCUCCUCCUCCUGCUGCUUGUGCCGGCACGAGCGCACUCGUCGUCGCAACCCACCGCGCGCACACGGGAGAACACGCGCGGCUUAUCGACUGGGCUGUGCGCGCGCGCGCGCGCAUUCCUCCUCCUCUCUCGCUCUCUCUCUCGCUCUCCCUCUCUUUCUCUCCGUCUCUCCUCACCCGGCCCUCCAUCUCGCCUUCCUUCCUCCUCCUCCUCCUUCUCUUUCUCCACUCCGCACGCAGUACCUCGUGACUGGCCUCUCCUCCUCCACCACCUCCUCCUCCUCCUCCUCCUCCACCUUCUCUUCCUCCUCCCGGUCCGCUCCUCCUCCACCUCCGCCACCUCCACCACCUUCGCCUCCUUCUUUCCUCUUCCCUCUCGCACACACACGCGCGCUCAUACGCGCCCCCUCCCUCCCCCUCGCCCAUCUCCAGCGGUACACUCCACCCUGCGGUGUCGUCGUGCGUGCGGAGCGCACACCCUCUCCGCCCUGUGACUCGGCGGCUCGUGCCACCGCGCAUCCACCCAGCGCCGAUAUACCGCGAUACCGCGGAUACCACGACGCGGGGAUACGCGGCUGAUCUACCGCGUGCGCGCGAUCGCGAUCUCGAUCUCGAUCCCGAUUCAGAUCCCGAUUUCGUCCGAGGCUCGAAGGCUCCGCUCAGUGUCGCCGCUCGUUCUUUCGCGUGUGUGUGUGUGUGCGCGCGCGCGCGCGUGUGUCCUACGACCCGCCUUCUCUCUUUCUUUCUUUUUAUUUCCCUCCUUUCCUUUUCCCUUCUCUCUCUCACUCUCUCUUUCCGAUUCCUUUCCUUUCCUUUCCUUUCCUUGCUCGUCCGCCGAGGAGCGUAUAUACGCACGGAGAGUAAUAUCCACGUUGUUGCGAAACAAGGUGCGAAGUGUGUGCGCGCGAUCGUCGAUCGUCGUCGUCGCUGGUGGAUCCAUCCAUCCGACCAACCUAUCCAUCCAUCCAUCCAUCCAUCCAUCCAUCCACGUUUCCCCGUAUCUCGUCUGUCCCCGGCAGAGCGACGAGCAAGCGUCUCUCCCGACUCUCUCGAAGCUCGGAUGCUCGGGUCGGCGACGAAGGCAACGAACGGGGAACCCCGCCGCCCGACCGAGAUGUCGCGCACGGGACAAGGAUCCCAGAGGUCGCGCGAACUCUGCCUAGUGCGCGAGUGAGUGAGGAAGAAAAGAGUGCGUGAGAGAGUUUGUCGCCUUGGCCGAAGCCGAGCGAUUUCGACCGCCUCUCUCCGAAAUUUGUCUUUAAGGUGGUGCGCGAGACACGCGAAACUCCGUUGGAAGAGGGAACGGGACCAAGAGCGAGGCCAGGACCAAGCCCGAGGCCGAGGUACGCGGCCGUGCGAGCGCGUGCACCGGAGCAGCCGAGGCAAGGAGAAGCGAGUAAGAAGCGAGUGACGAGAAGGGCGAGGAAGAGAAGUUGGACGGGGUGGUCGCGGCCGCGGAAGAAGAGGAAACCGGCAGGGUGGUUCGAGGCGGGACAGGAGGCGCUGACGCCCUGGCGACUGCCGGGGUGGUUUACCCGGCCGCGACAGCGACGUUGUUCCCUGGCCGGGUGUCAGCCGGACACCACCACCCCGAGUUCACCACCACGUUGGAGGUGGGGUUCCCGGCGCGCGGCACCACCGCCUCCAUGGCGUUGGUGGCCGCGCCGCCCUCGUGGCCUUCGCGGGACCCUGGGGCCAGCCUGGCAGCGACCGGCGCGGCCGCGGCGGCAGCCGCUGCCGCGGCCGGCGCCGCGGCCGCCGCCGCAUCCGCCACGGGCCCAGGCCCCAUCCAGAUCGCCCCCCCGCCCCCCAUGCCCCCGACCCACCUCACGCCCUCCGCCACGCCGGAGGACAUCACCUGCCUCGUGCCCCCGGCCGGGGUUCUCACGCCCAGGGACCCCUUGCCGCCCAGCACCACCCCCGGCAGCCAGGCCAACAGCUCCCAGUCGGGCAGCUCGCAAACCGACAAAUCGCCCAACAUCGAGUGCGUCGUGUGCGGGGACAAGAGCAGCGGCAAGCACUACGGCCAGUUCACCUGCGAGGGAUGCAAAAGCUUCUUCAAGAGAAGCGUAAGGAGAAACCUAACUUACUCGUGUCGGGGGAAUAGGAACUGUCCCAUCGACCAACACCAUAGGAAUCAGUGCCAGUUUUGUCGAUUGAAAAAGUGCCUGAAGAUGGGCAUGCGACGGGAAGCGGUGCAAAGGGGACGAGUGCCGCCGUCGCAGCCGUCGCUGCCAGGCCUGCCGGGCCAGUUCGCCCUGACGAACGGGGACGCCGUGGCGUGCGCGAGCCUCAACGGCCACUCGUACCUCUCCUCGUACAUAAGCCUGCUGCUCAGGGCGGAACCCUACCCGACCUCGCGCUACGGCCAGUGCAUGCAGCCCAACAACAUCAUGGGGAUCGACAACAUAUGCGAGCUGGCCGCCCGGUUGCUCUUCUCGGCGGUCGAGUGGGCGAGGAACAUCCCGUUCUUCCCCGACCUCCAGGUCACCGACCAGGUAGCCCUUCUGAGGCUAGUGUGGAGCGAGCUGUUCGUGCUCAACGCGAGCCAGUGCUCGAUGCCGCUCCACGUGGCGCCCCUCCUCGCCGCCGCCGGCCUCCACGCCUCCCCCAUGGCGGCGGACCGCGUCGUCGCCUUCAUGGACCACAUCAGGAUCUUUCAGGAGCAAGUGGAGAAGCUCAAGGCCCUCCACGUAGACUCCGCCGAGUACAGCUGCCUCAAGGCCAUCGUCCUCUUCACCACAGACGCGUGCGGGUUGUCGGACGUGGCUCACAUCGAAUCGCUUCAGGAGAAGUCGCAGUGCGCGCUCGAGGAGUACUGCAGGACCCAAUACCCGAACCAGCCGACGAGAUUCGGCAAGCUGUUGCUGAGGCUGCCCUCCCUGAGGACGGUCUCGUCCCAGGUGAUCGAGCAGCUGUUCUUCGUGCGCCUGGUCGGGAAAACGCCGAUCGAGACGCUGAUCAGGGACAUGCUGCUCAGCGGAAGCAGCUUCAACUGGCCCUACAUGUCCACGAUGUGACACACCGUCUGGCGACACUUGGCUUCCGCGUAAUCGGCGCACCCCCUACUACCCCCUCCCCCCGAGUAAUAACCAGGUGAUAAUCUCGAGAGGAUCGUGUGAAGAGGAAGAUCGAAGGUACGGAGAGGACGAGAGGAAGGAAGAGCUGCGUCAACGAGGACGACAAUAAGUGGAGGAGGGAGGGGAUGGAAAGAAGAAAUUGUAAAUUGACGGGGGGAGGAGACGCGCUUCCUCCCCUGCCGCCCUUUUGUUUCGGCGAGCUUAAGUAACGGAGAGCGAUAAGCUCGUUGGCGAUCGGGACAAAGCGUCGGUGCCAAGACCUGUCUCGUUGUUUAAUCCCCCCUCCCCUCCGCUCGAUCGAUCGAUGGGGAUCGAGCAACGAUUAUUGUUGCGCGACUCGAAGAGGCGCGCGACCAGCCUGUAACUGAACGAACGCCUAUAUUUUUCUCUGAACGCGGAUAUAUGUUCGAUCGAGGGCUGGCCGCGUGUCGCGAAUUCGAAUAUGUGUAUAAAAUGUUGUUACACGGCGAUUCUUGGGAGUAGUACUCGGGGGGAGGGGACGCAAUGUGAUAAUAAGCGUACGUGGAGAUUCCCGAAACACGGUGCUUUCUUACUUUAUAAAUAAAUAAAUAAAUAAAUAAAUAAGUAAGUAAACGAAUGAAUGAAUGAAUAAAAUAAGUGAAUAAGUAAGUAAAUAAAUACUGUACGAUAAAAUGCCGGGGCUCGACGCGUUGUACAGGGUUGGCCGGCGACGAAGAGAAGAAGAGAUAAAGGAAGGCGGGGGAAAUGAUCGAAGACUGCGCCCACGACACGCGUACGUGGCAACGUCGAACUAGUUACUUACAAUUAGACAACCAUUUAGGGGUAUAUGGGAAUAUUUCUAAUAUUUUUAAGCAGCGAGCGAUUUUCUUAAAGAAAAAAAGAAAAAAAAUGCGACGCGCGCGCGCAACACACACGCAUACACGUAAACAUACACAUACAAUAUAUAUAUAUAUAUACGCAAGGAGCGAGGGAGCAGCGCGUCUCGGUGAAAAUCUACGAGGAAUCGAGUCGAGUCGAGUCGAGUCGAGUGGAUUCCAACGCCCGAGACGCGUCCCCCUCGUCGAACGCGAUUUUUUCUCCCCGGAGAAAUUGUAUUAUAUAUAUAUAUCGAACACGAAUGUGCGUUGUGUGGUUGAAUGUACGUAGACCGAAAAUCGGACAUCUAUGUAGCGUUAUGUAUAAAGGCGCGAGAAGAUUUUUGUAUAAAAGAACGUGUACAUAAUUAAUAUAUAUGCAUAUAUAUAUAUAUAUAAAAGAUACAGAUAUAAAUACGAUUAUAAAUAUACGAACGUAAGCGCGAAAUAUAAACACGUAAUAUACGUAUGAAUGUAAAGAAAUAUAUAUGUCAGAAUUA